AUGACAAUCGACGGCGUGUUGCAGCUCGACGCAGUUGCAGACGAGCUCGUACAUGAAAACUUCACGUGCGACACGCGCGACCACGAGGACCACACCUUUUGCGGCAUCAUGUUUGAUCUCGCGUGCGAGACUGAGCGGCCUGUGGAGUACAUUGAGAUCUCGUCGGUGCACGUUCGUGGCGCGCUCGGUCCGAUGACGGUAUGGACGACGCCGGGCUCAUUCUCCGGCAAGCAUGAGACGGAGGAGGCGUGGACAAAGGUGUACAGCGAGACGCACGCCCGAUCGCACAACGAGCUUGUCGAGCUGCGGCUCCAGAGCCCCCUCCGCCUCAAGCCGGGAGAGAGGCUCGGCCUCUACGUUCACUCGGCCCUCCCCGGCGACGAGGGCAUCGUCUACGACAACUGCCGCCGCUCGAUCUCCUACCACGACCCGCAAUUCGUCGUCUACUCGGGCAUGGCGCACCUCUCGUACCGCCCAUUCGGCACGUCCGGCUUCUGGGGCAGGCCGUGGCGGCCGAACCGGGAGUUCGUCGGCCGCGUCUCGUACGGCGCGGCGAGCGUGUGA